GAGCCAAGUGGGGCGUGCGGCACGCGCAGGCGCUGCUGCUGUUCCUGUGCACGUCCACGGCCUACUCUCUGCGCGUCAACCUGAGCGUGGCCAUCGUCGCCAUGGUGGACCACACGGCCAGCGGCAACCCCGACUUCCCGGUGUUUUCGUGGCCCAAAAAGACGCAGGGCUACCUGCUGUCGUCGUUCUUCUGGGGCUACCUGGUGAUGCAGAUCCCGGCCUCGCAGCUGGCGCAGCGCUUCGGCGCGCGCUUCUUCCUGGCCGCCUCCAUGGUGGGCACGGGGCUCUUCACCAUGCUGCUGCCCGUGGCGGCCAUGUACGGCGACUGGCCCGCGGUGGCCGUGACCCGCGCGGCCUCGGGCCUCUGUCAGGGCUUUGUGUUUCCCUCUUGCUACGUUCUGCUCGGCAAGUGGGCGCCGCCCCUGGAGCGAGGGAGAUUCACCGCCUUUGUCAUAGGAGCUCAGCUGCUCGGCCCCGUCGUCAUGCUACCCGUGACGGGGAUCCUGUCGUCCUCGGCGGGCGGCUGGCCGAGCGUCUUCUACUCCUCCGGGGCGCUCGGACUCCUCGUCGGCAUCCUGGUGUUCGUCUUCGUGGCUGACUCGCCCGCCAAGCAUCGAGGCAUCUCCCACAUCGAACGCGACUACAUCCAGCGUUCCAUCGGCGUCAACACUCGCGGACAGCUCAAG